GAAAACUAUAAGAAAAAGCGAAGACUUCGGAUCCUUUCUUUCUCAGAUUUGUAAGAAGAGAGAGAGAGAGAGAGGUUACGUUUUUGGUGGUGACCACUUCUUUUAUUUAUUUACCUGCGGUGAGAUCGGCGGCGGACUCAAGACGACGGGAGUCAUGCCGAGAUAGUCACUGGCGAAUCCGUUCUUCCUUCUUCUUCCCCGGAGACGACGAGAGCAUCGAAGAAUCUAUCAAGAAAACAGCCAAUGUUUGUCUCUGUUUCUUCUUUUUCUCUCUACGAUAUUGUCUCUCGGAUCCGGUGAAGAGAAGCUGCCCGCUGAUCUCAUCUUUUGCAGUUUUUAAAAGUUUUUGUCUUUUGAAUCCAUCGAUUUUAUUUGAGUUACUGGGGAGUUUAUUGGUAUGCUGAAAAGAGAUGUCCUUGAAAAGCAUCCUUCGUGAUCUGAAGGAAGUGAGGGAUGGACUUGGAGGUAUCUCCAAGCGUAGUUGGUCAAAGUCGUCUCACAUUGCUCCUGAUCAAACAACAACACCUCUGGAAAACAUACCGCAGAGCCCAUGGGCUUCUUUGCCGCCUGAGUUGCUUCACGACAUAAUCCGGAGGGUUGAAGAGAGUGAGACGUCUUGGCCUGCUCGAGCUGCCGUGGUCUCUUGUGCUUCCGUCUGUAAAUCAUGGAGAGGAAUCACUAUGGAGAUUGUGAAGAUCCCUGAGCAGUGUGGGAAACUCACUUUUCCAAUCUCAUUGAAACAGCCGGGGCCUCGAGACUCUCCAAUUCAGUGCUUUAUUAAGAGGAACAGAGCAACAGCUACAUAUAUUCUCUACUAUGGCUUGAUGCCUUCUGAGACGGAGAAUGACAAAUUGUUGUUAGCAGCGAGAAGGGUUAGAAGAGCGACGUGCACGGAUUUUAUAAUCUCACUGUCUGGUAAAAACUUCUCACGCAGCAGCAGCACUUAUGUUGGCAAAUUAAGGUCUGGUUUUCUGGGAACCAAGUUCACAAUAUAUGACAACCAAACAGCAUCAUCCACAACACAAGCUCAACCUAACAGAAGGCUUCACCCCAAGCAAGCGGCCCCUAAGUUACCUGCCAAUAGCUCUACCGUAGGAAACAUUACCUACGAGCUCAAUGUUCUUCGCACAAGGGGACCUAGAAGAAUGCAUUGCGCUAUGGAUUCUAUACCUCUCUCUUCUGUUAUUGCUGAACCAUCAGUAGUUCAAGGCAUAGAAAUAUCUUCGUCACCUUCACCAAAAGAAAAAACCAGCGCAACAGACAGAGAGGUCCCUGAUGUUUCCCCAAGCUUAAGAGACCAGCCGCUGGUUCUCAAAAACAAAUCCCCACGAUGGCACGAGCAAUUGCAGUGCUGGUGCCUCAACUUCAAGGGGAGGGUGACCGUGGCUUCUGUUAAAAACUUCCAGCUUGUGGCAGACAUUGACACUUCAUUGGAAGCGCCGCCUGAAGAACAUGAGAGGGUGAUUUUACAGUUUGGCAAAAUCGGUAAGGACAUAUUCACCAUGGAUUAUCGCUACCCUCUCUCAGCUUUUCAAGCCUUUGCUAUAUGCAUCAGCAGCUUUGACACCAAACCGGCUUGUGAAGGGUAAAGUUAACCCUCCUUGAGUAAAAUCCAUCUCCGCAAAUCAUCAUAGAUGGCUUUUCUUAUCUUUAGGUUUCAAUGUUCAAUUCACGAAAAGUUCUUUGUAUGUAGAAUGUUGUAGCUCUUUUGAACUAUGCUUCUGUUUGAUGGGGCACUCGGUGGAUAAGCUUAAUGAUGUUAUAUUAUAUAUCCAA